GAUGGCCAUUCAUCUGGAGGGGAAGGGAGAGGGACGGAGCUGAGGAGCAGAGAGAGCGCAGCGCAUUUACUUUUGAACGUCAAUAUUCAGCCUGAAACACAAUCAGCGCGGACUUUCUUUUCCUCCUUCUUCCCUUUUUCUCCACUUCCUUCCAUUUUUAACAUGCCUGGAGGCUUGAUUCGAGUUUCGCGGAGACACACGGAGCAUUGAAUGCUUUCCAAAAUCCACCUGAACUUCUGUCCGUGUAGUUUCUCAUUCAUCCAGGUCACCUGAACUUCUAUUCUGCUUGGAAAACGCAAGAAAAACGCACUGAAGUGUGAGGAGAUCUGCUUUGGAGAGCGUUUUGGCUCACUUUUACGCACAGAGACUGACAUCCGGACCGGAUAGCGCACCGAAGCUGCGCAAAUAAGUCUGCAAGCUGCCGGCAACUACAUCCAAAGAAACCAAUCUUGUGUCUUGCGCAGCGAAUAAGAAGAAUUCCGGAGGUUUAAAGUGAAGAUCGGGGGAGUUGAGGUUCUGUGGACGCACCGUGGCGCACAAAUGGUGUUUCUGUGGGACGCGAAAUACGACCCAGCCCCUGGCCGGCGCUACACUCCCCCCUCCACCACUCUCGCCUCGGGGGGGAAGAUGGCCGAGGCCCUGCCCCUGGGAGCCCAGGAGGCCGGUGGAGGGGCAGCUCUGGUGGGCAAACUGCGAAUGGCUGACCGCGGCAUGGUGGAGGUGAUCUCAGAUCAUCCAGGCGAGCUGGUGAAGACGGACAGCCCCAACUUCCUGUGCUCUGUGCUGCCGACUCACUGGAGGUGUAACAAGACUCUGCCCAUCGCUUUUAAGGUGGUUGCCCUGGGCGACAUCCCCGAUGGCACCUUGGUAACAGUGAUGGCCGGAAACGACGAGAACUACUCCGCGGAGCUUCGCAACGCCACGGCUGCCAUUAAGAACCAAGUGGCCCGAUUCAAUGACCUGCGCUUCGUCGGCCGCAGUGGAAGAGGAAAGAGCUUCACGCUGACCAUCACAGUGUUCACCAACCCUCCUCAGGUGGCGACGUACCAGAGAGCCAUUAAAAUCACAGUGGAUGGUCCCAGAGAGCCACGACGUCACCGUCAGAAGAUGGACGAGGUCAAACCGGGCUCCCUGGCAUUCUCCGAGCGGCUAACAGAGCUGGAACAGCUGAGAAGGAGCUCCAUGAGGGUGACGCCUCCUCACCACCAUCACCACCAACCCUCAGCCAACAGCCGCCAAUCUGCCGCACUCAACUCCGCCACCUUCUCCAACCCCACGCACACUCAGAUCGCUGCUGACUCCAGACAGAUGCAGACGUCUCCAUCUUGGUCCUACGAUCAAUCAUAUCCCUACCUUGGCCAGAUAACCACGCCCACCGUCCACACAGCCAAUCCUUUAUCGCCUGGUCGCUCCUCGCUCAGUGAUCUGUCAUCUCGACUCACAGGUCCUGACCUCACAGCCUUCGGUGACCCCAGGGUGACCUUAGAACGGCCUUUCAGCUCCCUCCCUUCCCUGCCCGACUCCCGCUUCUCCGACCCCCGGGUGCACUACCCUCCCACAGCGGCCGCCUUCACCUACACACCCUCCCACAACCCCGUCUCCAAUGGCGCCCUUGGCAUCACCAUGGCGACAGCCAUGGCAACCACCCCUGCAGGGCGGUACCACACCUACCUGCCUCCACCCUACCCUGCAAACACCCCACACCAAGCUCAGAAUGGGCCCUUCCAGUCCACCUCGUCACCGUAUCACCUCUACUACUCCACCGCCGCCGGCUCAUACCAGUUCUCCAUGAUGGCCGGUGGAGGAGGCACCAAUGACUCGCGCUCACCCCCACGAAUCCUGCCGCCGUGCACCAACGCCUCCACAGGCUCUUCACUGCUGCACCCCUCUUUGCCCAAUCAGAGUGACGGGGUGGGAGUGGAGGUGGAGUCUAGCCACAGUAGCUCCCCAACAAACAUGGCUGCUGCUGAAGCAGUCUGGAGACCUUACUGAACCCUCCCAGGUGGUAAAGGACAAAGGGUGUGCUCAGUCAGGGUGGUCAUCUGAUGGUGGACACUGGCCAGGGUGGAUCAAACUGACAUCAUUGAACACAGUGAAAACUUUCCAUCCCUUAAUGACUUGUCAACUGAUAAUUUGGAUAUUUCUCCUAUUGCCUGUAAAUCCCAUGAAACGUCCACCAAACCAGACCAAAGACCAACCAAAAAAUAUUGUGUAAGUUUAUCUCUCAGUACUUUUUGCUUUCGGUGCCAAGUCUGUUUGUUUCUCGAAAGACAUAAAUCUUUGAAAACACUUCAUUUGAAAGAAAAAGCAAGUGGAAAACUUUAGUAAUUUCCUACUACAAUUGAUCAAAAAGUUACAAGACUGUACCAAUACAAAUCAAAAACCGCAUGCGAUAUAUAUAUAUUUGACUGCCAUUCCCAUCAAAGAAGCCUACUUGUGCGGUGAAAUAGUGUGUUCAGUUCCGCUAAAAGUUCUGUUUUGGAGACAUCUCAAGCACCAUCUGCAAUGAGGGCUGAAUUUCGUGAACGGUGUCAAAGCGGCGAAUCUCGGGGUUGAAUGUCAUUUUAGAGUAGAUGGAAAAGUCACAGGAAACCAAAUGUGAUUUGUAGACCAGAUCAUAAGGGAUGAUUAUGUUGUUGUUGCCAAAAAAAAUGUGCAUAACAGUUCAGGUCGCUUUACAUUGAAUGUUCACCCUCAGUAGAGCUUUAAUCCAACCACUGGAGAUGAAUUCCUGGUGCACAACCAUGUGAGAUUUAAUAAACACCAUUAACAUGUCCUUGGUGCCCUCCUGACCCGAAGCGAAAACUGUUGUUUCUUCUGUUGAUGGUAGUCAGAGACCCACUGCUCCUUGACAUGAAGGUUAGUGGUAAAAACAUCUUCCACAGAUCACCAACAGUCUGGAAACUUUUUGAUCAACCCUUGUACUUUAAGGUGCCACCCAAUAGUUGUGGGAAACUGCAACUUACGAGCAAUGAAUUGUUUGGUUUGUAAUUCUUGGAAAACCUCCACCCAACACUGUACAUCAUCACUUGACCAGGAGCCAGAUGAGCACACCCAGUUUAAAACUGUCUACUGACAAACAAUGUUGGUCAAUGAAAGGCAUUCAGAAUGACUGACAGGUGCGUCGGCCAACAGACAGCAGCGAGUGGACCGUCUCAUCGGAUUAUAUCGGCCUGACAUCCCACUCAGGACUGAGAACAGGACUCCAGAGAGGAGCUUCCAUGAAAUGAAGGACCUGAACGGACAUAAAUAGACAGAAGCAGGGUAACAUUUUGGUUUUACACUGACAAAGUGCAUGCUGCAGCACUGGACUGAUCUCAGUUCAGCAUCCUUUGUUUAAAUAUCAGGACUUGUCCCAACAUAAAUGUUGUUGUGAAUAGAUGAUUUGCUCAUGCCAAAUGUUGUGAUGGCCUGUUUGUGUUUACCGUCCAUUUUUUUUAAUGCAUCAUUCAUCGUUUUUUUCUCCAUAAUGCUUUUAACAUUCUGCUCUUAUUGCUAACAUUUUUAGAAAGAAAAAACAAAAAAACACCUCAUCUUCUUCUGAAAAUCAGAAAACGUGUUCACUUACUAUAGGUUUUUCCUGGCCCCCAAAGUCAGUUUAACCCUCGUGUCAUCCUGCGGGUCAAAAUUGACCCGUUUUAAAGUUUGAAAAUGUGGGAAAAAAUAGAUUUUCACAGUGAAACUUCUGAUGUCCACAUUUUCAACAUUUUUGGGAAAUCUGUGAACAUUUUUGGGGGGAAAAAAAGAAAUGUUAAAAAUGUUUCUUUAAGAACAGUCACAUAAAAAUCAACCAAAAUCCAGCGAUUUUCACUGGAUUUUGGUUGAUUUUUAUGUGAAUGUUCUUCAAGAAAAUAUUAGAAGUUUUACUGAUACAUAUAUAAUCACUUUAGAUAUUUUUAGGAUUUUUUUGGGAAUAUUUUUACUCAUUUUUUGAAAAUAUUUACAAGAAUUUUCUUGCCAAAUUUGGGGGAUUAUUUUAAAAUAAAACUUUUCAGGGAAACUUUUAAGGAAUUAUUGGAAUUUUCUUCCUAAAGGUUUUGCAAAUUUUCAGAAAUUUGGGGAUUUUUUUUUGCUGAAUUUUUUGGAGUUUUUUCAGACAAGGAAACAACAUUUUUUGGUGUCCGUAAAUGAAGACAACGGGAGGGUUAAAUAGACUACCAUUUGGACACUGAAGAAAUUGCUGCGUUAUCAUCAAGAUCAAGGUCUGACUUGUGUUUUCAGACAGAAUAUUGGUUUUGGAAUGAAACAACUACAACUGAGUCACCGUCCUCCAUCAGCAGCUUUUAUCAAAGCCGAUCUAUUCCGUCCUCCAACACCCUCCUGUCUGUUGAAUUUUUGACUCAUUGCCUCGCCACACUGAAAAACCCUUACAGCAUGGAGUUUUUGUAAAGUACUUUAAUUUAUUUCUACAAUACCUUUUUUGGUAGCAUUUAAUGUCUGUCUCUGUCCGGGUGCGAUGAGUGUGUGUGUGUGUGUGUGUGUGUGUGUGUGUGUGUGUGUGAGAAAGAGAGUGUGUGUCACAUUUACCCAUGAUCCACUGAUGAUUUGUACUGUAUAUAGCAAUGGCUGUAAAUGACACCGCAUUUGAUCAUGUUUUCAUCACUCCUUCCUUCCUCCCCUCCUCCCUCUCUCCCUCUCUCACACACACUCACACACACACACACACAAUGGUUUGUUUUGACAUUGUUGGUAGUGCACAUUUGGUUUUGAUUUAUAUAAAUAUUCUUGUGUAAAAAAUACAGCUGGUUUAGUCGCUUGCCUUUCAAUCUGUCCAAAAAUGUCACAAAAACGUCAUAGUUUAGUAUGUCAUCCAAAAUGUCACAAAAACGUCAUAGUUUAGUAUCAAUCAAUCAAACCUUUAUUAGUCAUUGCACACUUUCAUAUACAAUGAAAUUUCAUUUGAGCUGCCCUGCCAAUGACAGCUCCGGCUGCUGCGCAGUGCUGCACGCACCUUUCUUGAGGAAAAAAGAAAAAGACAUGUUGGGAUCUGGGUAGGGAUAGCAGAGGGUAAAUGAAAAAAAAGGCUCGUUGUACCAAAUGAAACCUCCAAUGUUGGGAAAUUCAAUUUGAGAAGGAACCUAAAAAAAAUAAAUAAUAACGUCGUGAAAAAUGUGACAAAAAUGUCAUAGUUUAGUAUGUCGUCCAAAAUGUGACAAAAACGUCAUAGUUUAGUAUGUCAUACAAAAUGUCACUUUUUGGAUGACAUACUAAACUAUGAUAUUUUUGUCACAUUGUGGAUGACAUACUAAACUAUGACUUCUUUUCAAAUUUUGGACGACAUACUAAACUAUGACGUUUUGAUCAUAUUUUGGACAAGAUACUGAACUAUGACGUUUUUGUGACUUUUUGGACGACAUACUAAACUAUGACGUUUUUGUGACUUUUUGGACGACAUACUAAACUAUGACGUUUUUGUGACUUUUUGGACGACAUACUAAACUAUGACGUUUUUGUGACUUUUUGAACGACAUACUAAACUUCAUCGGGUAGUUAAACAAAAAACAUCAAAGAACAGUCUUUCAACGUUAUUUAUUCUGUGCAUCUUUUCAUUUUUCUUCAGUAAAGUCCUCAGACAUACAGCUCAGCACACCAAAAGCUAAAGACCUCAUAAAACAAACAAAAUCUCAGAAUUCCUGCAUCUGAACCACCACUGACAUCACAGUAGCUUCAGUUUUCUGUAAUUUCACUCACACAUUCUAGAGUUUUUCCUGUUUGGGACUGAAUCCGCAGUUGAUGUAUUUGGAUUUUGUGAGUCAUUGAUAGAUCAUCUGUUGAUUAGCAGACAUGGAGUCACAAAAAUGUAUCAAGUGUAAAUUAAAGUUCUAUAUCAGAGUUGUAAUCAAAGUUUUAGUUCUCUCCAUGCUCUGUUUAGCAAACCAAAAAACCAAAACUUUGUUUCUGUGGUUUCUCUGUCCUUCAUACAGCUUUAAAAGUUUACAGUGCAGUUGGUGUUAACUGAAUUAUAUAUAAUAUUGUAUUUGGUUAACCUUAAUCUCUAAAUUACUCAAGUGCUUUUGAAUAAGUACAUUUUUCCUAUUUCUUUAAAAUUAAAACCAGUGUUUUCCAAGAGAGA